UAUAAAUCUGUUUUUAAUCGGUUUUUGAGCAUUUCACAACCUGGACUCACUGGCAUUGCGCAUGUAAAGCGUGUAAACGGAAAAUAAUAAUUAAUACAAAAGUUGUUAUUAUUAUUUAUUAUAAAAAAAAUCAAAAUAAUUUUGUAGUGACCUCUCAUUGCCAUAACUUUGCCAUGAUACAGUGGUUUAGCCUGUCCAAAAAAUAAAUAAUAGUAAAUAGACCUGUAAUGUUACUGAGAACAUGCUCUAAUAUAAUGCUUCUUUAGUAUUUUUGCCUUUAAAUAAGAUACGCUAGGGAAGCACGUUUUGACAAGGUAGCACAACUCGACAGAACACCGGCCCGGUCCGCUGCGCAGCGCCGACUGGAGGCGCGCCAUUUUGUGAAAACUGGGAGAAAACCGUGCGGAGGAAAGCGGUGGAUUUACAUUGAAGAGGCGCUUGGACUGUUAAUACGGAUUAUUAGCUUAGUUACCUGGUUAAAAACCUCUCAGAUAGCUAGUUAAACUAGUGAACUGGGUGUGUUUGGGAGCUGUGAAGGUAGAAGGUAGUAACAGCUAGCUUAGUUAACGCCAGUUAGAAGCAGCGGGAGAGAGCGAGAGCGGCAGCAGCGGCGGCGGUGCUGCUAACGCUACCCACCAAGCUAACUAUCAGUAACGGACACCCGAGCCUCUGCUCCGCCUCACGGACCUCCGGCCAACCAGCCAUGGCAGCUUCACACAGAACGGCCGAGGCUGGGGAAAUCGGGCACGGUUGCCAUUUUGAUGCCCGUUGGUUGCGAUAAGACGAAGCUAAGCUAACUAAAAAAAACUAGCUAGCCUUAGCUAACGGAACUCAGUCAUUUGGAGUAUCGCGGCUAAUCUCACAGAGGAGCUAACCUAGCUCAGCUAACGUUAACGCGAGCCGGGCUGAGCUGAAGAGUGGCUUCACCUCUUCUCACUGCACCUCUGGGACUUUAAAUGAAGAUCACACCAACAAAGGGGGAGAGACCUCAGCAUGCAAACCCUGGUCCGUCCGGCUUGCACCCUCUUUUUCUUUCAAUGCUGCUGGUCUUCAGAUGGCUGCUCCGAUGCCUCAUUCGCACCAGCAGUACAGUGACUGUCACCAGCAGAGUACAGACCAGUCUGUCACUGUACUGCCAUACAGUGACCAGACACAAGCACUCACUGCCAACCAGAGGCACAUGCCCCAGUGCUUUCGUGACCCAGCUGUAGCUCCUUUGAGGAAGCUCUCCAUUGACUUGAUCAAAACCUACAAACAUAUUAAUGAGGUGUAUUAUGCAAAAAAGAAACGACGGCAUCAACAGGGUCAAGGUGAGGACUCCAGCCAUAAGAAAGAGAGGAAAGUCGUCAAUGAGGGUUAUGAUGAUGACAACUUUGACUACAUUGUCAAAAAUGGAGAGAAAUGGAUGGACCGUUAUGAAAUCGAUUCUCUAAUUGGAAAGGGGUCAUUUGGACAGGUUGUGAAAGCUUACGACCGAGCUGAGCAAGAGUGGGUCGCGAUUAAGAUCAUCAAAAACAAGAAAGCUUUUCUGAAUCAAGCUCAGAUUGAAGUGCGGCUUCUUGAACUCAUGAACAAACAUGACACAGAAAUGAAAUAUUAUAUAGUUCAUCUGAAGCGGCACUUCAUGUUCCGGAAUCAUCUUUGCUUAGUAUUUGAAAUGUUGUCGUACAACUUGUACGACUUGUUACGAAAUACGAACUUCAGAGGAGUUUCUUUGAACCUGACCCGGAAGUUUGCCCAGCAGCUCUGCACAGCACUGCUGUUUCUCGCCACCCCCGAGCUCAGCAUCAUCCACUGUGACCUCAAACCAGAGAACAUCUUGCUAUGUAACCCGAAGAGAAGCGCCAUCAAAAUUGUGGACUUUGGGAGUUCUUGCCAACUGGGACAAAGGAUAUAUCAGUACAUCCAGAGUCGAUUCUACCGCUCCCCUGAAGUGCUCUUGGGAAUGCCGUAUGAUCUGGCCAUAGACAUGUGGUCACUAGGGUGCAUACUUGUUGAGAUGCAUACAGGAGAGCCUCUGUUCAGUGGAGCCAAUGAGGUGGACCAAAUGAACAAAAUAGUUGAAGUUCUUGGCAUCCCACCCAAUCACAUAAUGGACCUAGCACCAAAAGCCAGAAAGUUUUUUGAGAAGUUGUCGGAUGGAUCAUGGAGUGUAAAGAAGACCAAAGACGGGAAAAGGUAUAAACCUCCGGCUUCUCGAAAGCUCCAUGCCAUCCUGGGAGUGGAGGCUGGUGGACCAGGCGGUCGACGAGCUGGGGAAUCUGGCCAUGCAGUAGCUGAUUACUUGAAGUUCAAGGACCUUGUACUCAGAAUGCUGGACUAUGACCCUAAGACGCGAAUCCAGCCCUACUAUGCCCUGCAGCACAGCUUCUUUAAGAAGACAGCAGAUGAAGGAACAAAUACAAGCAGUAGUGUUUCAACAAGUCCUGCACUUGAGCAGUCGCAGUCCUCAGGGACCACUUCUAGUACAUCCUCAAGCUCAGGAGGAUCGUCUGGAACAAGCACCAGUGGCAGAGCAAGGUCGGAUCCAACUCAUCACCAUCGACAUAGUGGGGGGCACUUUGUCACAGCAAUGCCAACCAUAGACUGUGACAACCUCUGUCCUCCGACAAGACAGCCUUACCAUCCACCUGUAGUAUGGCCUGGCAGUGUUGGAUCAGACCCUGUCACUGUAGAAACCCACCCAGUCCAGGAGACCACCUUUCAUGUGCCUCCCCAGCACCCUAAGGCAUUGCACCCCCAUCACCAUCACCACCACCACCACCAUCACCGCCACGGACAGGUCAUCACGGCGCACCCUCGGCCACGGCUCUACAACUCCCCAACCAACAGCUCCUCCACGCAGGAUUCUAUGGAGGUUGUGCACGGUCAUCUGUCCAUGACAUCUCUGUCUUCCUCCGCAUCCUCUUCCUCCACGUCGUCCUCUUCCACGGGAAACCACGGCAACCAGGCCUACCAGUUUCGCCAGAUUCCUGCCCUGGACUUCAGCCACAAUGGAAGCAUGAGCAUGGGUUUGGGUGCCUUCUCAAAUCCUCGCCAAGAGACUGGCGUAGCUGGACAUCCAACUUACCCCGUCGCCACAAAUACUGGACCAGGUCACUUCAUAACAGAGGGACACUUGGGCAUGAGGCAAGGCAUUGAUAGGGAAGAUUCUCCAAUGACUGGAGUAUGUGUUCAGCAGAGCUCCAUGGCCAGUUCGUGACUACGCUGAAAAUGGUUGGUUUUCUGUGUGUGGUUAUAAUUUUUUAUGAAUUUUUGAUUUCUAGGUGAUGUUUUUUUCAUUUUCUCCUAUUUUUGACAAGGUGCAUAGAGAACAAAAAGCUGCUCACUUUUUAGGGGAGAUAUCACUGAAUCUGAAUCGUUUCAGUUGAAGAGUAUUUAAAGUAUAUAUGUAUUUCAAUUGUUCUUUUCCUUUCUCAGUUCAUAGACACAUUAGUAAUACUGCAAAAUUACCAUAGAGAAAAUGACACUUAUGUUUGAAAGUUCACUUACUGCACAUAGUACUGAUUUCCCGUCCGUUUAUUUUUCUGUUUGUUUUGUAAAAAAAAAAAAAAAAAAAAAAAAAUCUUGUUUUAAGGUUUUUUUUUUGUUGUUGAUUUUAUGUCUUGUUUUUGUCCUUUUUGUCUUUUUUGUCAACCAUUUCAGAGCAGAGUGCUGCCACACAACUAGCUAUAUGUAAAGCAAUGCAAAAACAUCCAUUAAACAGUAAAACCUUUUUCUUUUCUUUUUUUUUUUUCUUCCUCCCCCUCUUUUUUCUUUGGGACCGCUUGUUAAGUUAUUUACCCUUUAAGCAAAGCCUCUCAAAAGAGCUGUGUUAACCUGUAGCGUGUCGAGGAAGCAGUACUUGCAGUGAUGUUUGUGUUGUCUGUAUUGUGUAACUCUUAAAGGGGGGCACACGGAAGUGUCUCCAGCAGCUAGCUGUGAGUCCAUGGGAGUACUGUCCAGGCUGGGAGCCCUCUGUAUGUGGCAACUGAGGAGGAGGAGGAGGAGGAAAUGCUCUGAAGGGAGGUCUGAUCCAGAGUAAUUGGGGCUGUUGUUAAGCAUCUUUAUUGGCCUUACACGUUUUUUGGAUUUUUGAAUGAAAAUGAGACUGACGGUGACCUACAGAUAAAGAUGGCUUUUCUCUAUUUUUUUUGAACAUUUAAAAAAAAAAAAGGGUCCUUAAUUGUUUAGGGGGCCGCUGAACAGAGUAAAAGAGUAAGUUAUUAAGAGGCCUUUAUUUAAGGGACUUAAAGGGACUCUUAAUUACAGGGUCAAAUGUCCCAAACGCAACUUCCUAUAUAGCUCUUUCUUACCGAAGUGGGAUUUCAAAAUGAAGGUAGUCACCCCUAUUUGAGAUGCUUGAUUUUUUUUUUUUUUUUUUUUAAUUCUCUCCCUUUUCCCUUUUGAGUAUACGGUUUCCGUUUGAAGACUGUCUACUUCUAUUUGCCUCUUCAACUUUUAGUACAGAAACAUGUGCUGAAAUUCGUGACUGCCUUUUUCUCCUCUUGAAUUAUGCUGUGAAUUUUACACACAUUUUGGUUUGUUUUUUUGUUUUUUUUCCUGUUUGAUUGUCUAUCUCUCUCUCUUUUUGUUUCUUUUUUUAUACCAAAGCAAUUGUUAUUUUAUAGUACUGGGUGUCUGUAACCAAUAAUGUAGCAGUUCACCACUUCAACGCAAGGUUUAUUAAAGUAUCAACUUUGUCCAUAUAAACGUCUAUCACCUACUAUGGCGAACUGGGACAUUUGCUGAACUUGGUACAUCAUUUUUAAUGUUGAUCGAAUCGCUCAUCAUGUGGUUAAACACCCACCCUACCAUCAACUUUUUUAGUUUCACUUUUUAUUUGUAUUGAUAACAUUAAUAUUAUUAAACAUUGUAUUUCAGUACAUCAAACAUGAUGUCAGUCAGGAGCAUCACCUUAGCGAGACGCCAGCUACGCCGUCUGCUGCUCUGCAGGCUACAGAGCAGCAAGCUGAACGAUCUGCAAAAAGGUCCGGGGAUGGAAAGUGUUUCUGUUUUGUAUUUCUGGUCAGUCGGUGGGUGGCGCUGCCUUUUCUACUUACUUUGAAUAACAUGCUGAUUUCUACCUUUCUAAGUACUGAAGUAGCUACUCUACUCGAAAUAAAUAAACAUUCAGGCAGUCCAACUGUAGCUACCGUCACGCCCGGUCUGUCGGACCUUUGGUUUGGUGCUUGCUUCCCAUAACCUGCUCCUCAAAGGGAAUCUGGGGACGACUCUGCCGCUGGCACACGGACACAAAGGAAUGCCUGGGCACUUGCAUGUUUCAGAGAGGAAGGAUUGUUGUGGGUUUUUUAGUCACUUUACAGUCGCCUAAGCGAAUGCUACUCUUGCGUAGGAGAGCUCACCUAAGCUCUGUCCAAAACUGUGCCCUUUUCACUGUGUAGUGCACUACGUUGAAAGUUCUGUUUGGCAGUACAAAAAUAUUUGGUCACUAUGCCAAUCCUUAUAACUGCAUUGCAAUAGGUAGCUUGCAGUGUAACUGGAAUAUACACUAUAUCAGCCAUGGGAUACCCAUAAUUCCUUGCCCUGUUUGUUUUGAAGAUUCUUGCUCAGCUUCUCUAAGGAAGUCUUGUAAUCACAUGCCUGACCAAAAUCAAAUCUUUCACUGUUUUUUCUAAAUUCUCUAAAUUUUUCUAAGUUCCCUGUAAUAUUGCUCUAUAAAGAGAGACAUGCCCGUAUUGACAGUAUUGUGUCCUGUGACUUUUUUCCAUGCAUUCUUGGCACACAUUCGUAACACUGUGGAUCAAGAAAUAUUAAAUGAGCCUGUGCGUCUCUUUCUAAAUGCUAUGUCUUGUCUAUCUGGCGCUCACUAUCAGACCUUGAUCGAAUUUCGAUAAUUGAUAUGACAUUUCCCAUGAGCACACUGACUAGUGUUCAGCCUCAUUCACAAGAUAGCACCUCACAACUUGAGGCAACACUUCAUUAUCAACUUACAUACUGUAUCCGAUGAAAUUAGAGGUCUUUGGUCUGUGUAGGGACCUGGGUUUCUAUCUGUAUGGGAUAGGUAAUAGGUAGGGCACAGUUUUGGAUUCACAGCAUGGUUGAGUUACUGAAACAUCGGCUAGAUGUCCGCUAAGACCAACACCACCUUACGUAUUACUUCUUUUGGAUCGAGCAGUUCAGAACAGACAGCAGGGCGCUUUCUGUCGUUCCAGAAAGACGGCGAUGGUUGUUUUUCUUACGUUUUGAUCAUCUUGUUCGUUACUCAAAGACGUCACUACAGUCUUCUGAACCUAAUCAUGUUUGAUACAUUUGCAUAUCCCGAGAAAAGCGACGAUAACGAAGAAUACGGUUUAUCUAAAUGUUAGAUUGCUUUGUAAACAAAAUCAUUUUUAUAAUCGAUGCCAUUCGGGUGGGGAAGGGGAAGCCGGCGGUUUGCUGAACUUGACGUGAAACAUUCCAAAAUAAGAGUUUUAAAAAUGUGUAAGAGACUUUAAGUGUGUACCUGUUUCAGCUGUUACUAAGUGACAUCUGAUUUAGUGAGGUUUUCAUGAAAUGCAGCCCCUUUUUAAUAGUUGAAAUAGAAUUUAUGUAUAUAUUUCUAUUUUUUUAAAUAAAGGAAGUAUAGAGAACUCACUACAUUUACUCCUGCUGGCUGGCAUAUCGACCGCAUCCUCAUCCGUUCGGUUCGUGAUUUUUCCGAGAGCAGUUCUCCGUGUUUUUGGUUUUUGUUUUUUUUCCUCGGAUUCUGCUCACUGGUGCAAUCUUCCGAGAGCACUAAGAAUGACACUAAAUGGUAGGGCUUCUUCUAUUAGAGGACAAGAGAAAUCUUGUACCUGAGGAAUUCUUUCACAGGGUAAAGUAUGCAUGUUUCCACAAGGCUUUCUGUUUGUUGUUCGGCCUUUUGUAAGAGGAGGACUAUGGUUAAUUCACCAGAGCCUGCAUGCACAAAGCAUUAAAACAAGCCGAGGAGAUGGAGGAGAAGGAAUGCUGAUCUGGGACCUGAGCAAAAUCCAUAUAAAAUGUAAGAGGUUUCAGGUCGAGAUCAGCAUUCCUGCUCUCUGAGGAGCUUAGUGUCCCGAGGGCUCAGUAUUCCAAACCCACCGCACCACAACACUCACCGUUAGACCGUACAGUAUGGUUAAUGCUGCUGUGCUGGUGGGAGACCAAGCCUUCUUCAAGUGUUCAUGAGGUAAAAUUUGGUUUUCACAGAACUUGAACUCAGACUUGUUGUAAGAUGUUCUGCUGCCAUUUUACACGUUUUUGUUUUUUUUGUUUUCUGUUGUUUUUUAACAUGCAACAUGCACUAUAUAACUGAACAGCAUGGGGAAAAGGAUAAGUGUCCACAGAUUGUAAGAACUAGUCAAGACUUUGCUGUGUAUAUGAAAAUGCCCUUUGUAUUAUAUUCAGUCUUAUGUAUGAUAUAUAUAAAAAGAACCUACUUGA